AGCCUGAGACGCGUCCGUGUCCAGACGCACGGCCGUGUCCACUCAGCCCCACUACACGCACGGGUGAUGUGGAGUGGAGUGGAGUGGAGUGGAGGUCAGUCUCUCCUCAGAGCAGUCCCCCCACCCCACCCCCACCCCCACCCUCCACUAAACACGCUCCUUCUCUCCUCUGUCCUCUGUCUUUCUUUUGUCUCAUCGGUGGAACCAGCUCUUUCGCAUUUGCUCGGCGCAUCAGCAGAGUCACGUCACGCGCCGUGGGUCCAGGUGUCCCGUGUGCGUCGUCGUUGUCGUCGUCCGAAAACACCGAACACCGGACAAAGUGAACCGCACUGUUGCUCCACUGUCAAUCCGCUUUUCUCUGCACCAAACCGGGUUGGAGAUGCUCCGCCGUGCGCAAGUAACCGGAGGCGGACCACGGUACAGAGGUUAGACUCUCAGUUAGCAGAGGGUCACAGCCGCCAACGCAUCAGCCUCCCUCCCUCCUCAUCCAUUCGCCCGCAUCCAUCUGAGCAGCAGCGGCAGCGACGACACAGGAAAUCUACCCUGUAGUGGUGUGUGCUGCUACUCUGUGUGUGUGUAAGUGAGUGAGUGUGUGUGUGUGUCAGCGCUUCAGUACCUUUAGUGUUCCCCCAAGCCCUAUACUGUACAAGUGUGUGUGUGUGUGUGUGUGUGUGGAAUAAUGUGUGGCUGUGUCAAGGUGAAGAGUUAAGAGGAAGACGGGACCUGUUCCAGUCAGCAAAACUGAGCCAGCUGCUGCGUAUGUGUGUCAGGGUUGAGCAGUCCAGCACGUGAGAGUGUGUGUACCUAUAUGUGUGUGCGUGUGUGUGUGUGAGGGUCUAGUGGCGACCGGGCUAUGAGUGCGUCUCAGGGGAAGAGCUGUUCUGCUGCUGAGUUGAGCUAAGGGAGCAGACCGAGAGAAAACCGCCAAGAGGAGCAGCCAUGGGGAUCGGACAGUCCAGCAAGGCUCCGGUCACCGACGACACCGAUGAGGUCAAUUUCGACCACUUUCAGAUCCUGCGGGCAAUAGGAAAGGGGAGCUUUGGAAAAGUCUGUAUAGUCCAGAAGAAGGACACAAAGAAGAUGUAUGCCAUGAAGUACAUGAACAAGAUGAAAUGUGUGGAGCGCAAUGAAGUGAGGAAUGUCCUGAAGGAGCUGCAGAUCAUGCAGAACCUUGAACAUCCUUUCUUGGUCAACUUCUGGUACUCCUUCCAGGAUGAGGAGGACAUGUUCAUGGUGGUGGACUUGCUUCUGGGUGGAGACCUGCGCUACCACCUCCAGCAGAACGUCCACUUCUCUGAGAGCACUGUCAAACUAUACGUCUGUGAACUGGCCCUGGCUCUGGGUUAUCUCCGCACAAAGAGGAUCAUACACAGAGACAUUAAACCUGACAACAUACUACUGGACGAACACGGGCAUGUGCAUUUAACAGACUUCAACAUUGCAGCCAUCGUCAAAGAAGACUUAAAAGCAACAUCCAUCGCUGGAACCAAGCCAUACAUGGCUCCUGAGCUUUUUCAGACCUUCGAGGGGUCACACCCGGGCUACUCCUUCUCUGUCGACUGGUGGUCACUGGGAAUCACAGCCUAUGAGCUGUUAAGAGGACAGAGACCCUAUGUGAUGAGAUCCAGUACUCCAGCUAAUGAGAUCCUUCAGACUUUCCACAAGGUCCAUCCCAGCUACCCUGCAGCCUGGUCUUUGGAGAUGAAGUCUCUUCUCAGAAAGUUACUGUGCAUCGAUGUCCAGAAGCGCAUUUCCUGUCUAGCCGAGCUCCAGGAUCUGGACUACAUGUCAGACGUCAACUGGGACGCCGUGCUCAGCAAACAGCUUCCUCCAGGCUUUAUUCCCAAUAAGCGGAGACUAAACUGUGACCCUACAUUUGAGCUGGAGGAAAUGAUCCUGGAGUCCAAACCACUUCACAAAAAGAAAAAGCGACUUGCUAGGAAGACCAAGGACCAGGGAUCUGAUGGUUCCCCACAGAAUGGUCAGCUGCAGCAACGUUUGGACAAUGUCCAGAGAGACUUCAUUGUCUUCAACAGAGAAAAAUCAAAGAAAGCAGCUGUAGACUCUGAGUCCUCAGAGCUGUCCAUGAGUGAGAAGAACAAAGCAAUAGAAGAUGGACAGAACAACAAUGUUGAGCCGGCUGCCUACGUGUCAGGAUAGGCUAAAUACCCAACAUCCCUAUAACCACCCUUAUCAACUGUACCUGCUCACAGAUCAGCAAUCUGCACCCAGACACCUAUUGUUCUAUCAGCACAAGCACUGAGAUCUGAUCUUUAAUGUUCCCUCACUAUUGCUGUGUCUGUACAAACACCAAGGCAGCACCGUAUGCACGUGUGCAUCAUCGCUCACCCGCAGAGACCACAUUAUCAAAAGUUCCAAAACAGCAAAAAGAGAAAUGGACUCCUGGAGCAGCAGCCAAGCCAGAGUCAGGCUUUUCUCUUUCCUGUCUCCUGAAGAAUGACCCUUGGUAAAGAAUUCCUCACAUCCUACGUCCAUACAUCAUUCUGGUGCUCUAAAGUCUGUUUGGCCUCACUUUUGGACUGUUUGCAAACAUGAAAAGAAGUCAUUCCCCUGACAAAAAAGAGGACAACACCACUCCAGCUCAGCAGUGACUGGAAGUUAAGUCUGAUGGGGUCAAAUAUGGCUGGGAACUAAAAUCUUUUGCUGCUGCUUUCUUAGUCAAAAGGAAAUUUUAAUGUCAACAAGGCAUUUUUUGGUAUAAGGAGUUGGAAUGGCAGCAUACAUUAUGGAUGACACUAGAUUUAAGCAUGGCAUUGAGAGUGAAGAACAUAUAAAGAGAGGUUAAGGAAAAAUGAGGCCUUUGUUUUUAAGAAUGCAACCACAGAUCCCUCUACUAGCAUUAAAUAUAUAGAUGAACUGUAGGUUUGAGUGUCAAUGGCACACUAUAUAAAAGCAGCAGAUAAAUGGUUGUAGAGCUCAUUAUGCUUAGCUUCACUGCUUAAGCUAGCAAAAAGGCAAUAGGACUGCAUCAUGGGGUAGAAUGUCCCUGUUCCUUCAGCUGAAGAUGUAGGCAAAAAACCGUGCAAGUUUCCCUCGGCUGCUUAUGCUUUAAGUUAAUGUUGAGUCAGUGCAGUAGUUUGAGAUGCAUUUAACACAGGUUGAAAACUUGUUUAAACCUUUGCCUCAGUGACAGGCCUACCAUUAAAGGUUUAGAACUAUGGAAAUGUAGAGACGAGAUGGUAGAUGUUAUUUGUUCUGCAAUGAACCUUGCUUUGCACAUGCUUCUUCAUCAACUGUAGCAUUUACUGUGUGCACUGUGUACUGUGCACAGAGGAAAAAAAAUCUAAAGCUGUGAGUGAAUAUUUUCUCCCUUAGGGAAGGCUUUAGGGACAGAUAUUAAAUCGAAUCCUAGAUAAGAUUAAUUUUACAGUCACUGUCUGCAUUAAACUCUUGGUUUAGUCCAAUAACUGUAUGUCCUCUUUUGUGCUGGAUACAACUAAUUACAUACUGUAUGUGCCACCAGAUGAGUCUGAUUAUCUUUGGUUUGGUUUUUUUUAUUUGUUUUAUUUUUAAAAUUGCUUUAGAACAUUGCAAUUAACCUUUGCAACGAUAGAUUUGUGCAAAUGUUAUUAAGCAGUAAUGUAGCACCAGCUUAAUAUUGUGGAGAAAAUACAUAAAUGUGUUUACUUUUGCCUUCUUUCUGGUUUAAAUUUGUUACCAAGAAAACAACAAGGGAAACAAGGGAAAUAACAUAAAUAUCAGCCAAUGAAUAUUUCUUAUGAAUAACAUGUAGAUUCACCUGAAAUCAUGUUUCAACAACUUGUUACUAAAUAAACAGCUGAUUUGUAUAUGGAUGCCUUAUAUCUUAGAUACGGCACACGUAGGUAGUCCCCUUCAAACUAUACAUUUAGGUAAUUGUAGUGAACACCUGAGUGUUUUUCAUGUGAUUUCUACUGAAGCCUCAUCACUGACCCUAAUCGUAUCUAUCUGAAAUAUAAUCCUGUCCAUUCUAUAGCACUUGUAAUUCAAUUUAAAACCUAUUUCACUGUAUUCAAUUCAACACUCUCAACACUUCUAUUGCAAAUUGAUACAAUGUUUUAACUUACCUUUGUGUUGCUACUGUUGUUGUUGUUACUAUUAUUGUUGUCACUGAUGUAAUUUUUCUGAUCCAAAGGUGGUUUCCUUUAUAAGUUGUAAGAUGUUAGAUAGUUGAACGUCCUGGAGGGAAAUUACAUUGCUAAUGGUUAUCUUAAUUUGUAUAUUUUAGGCAUACCAGAUAGUACUCUUUUCAGAAAUUGUCAGGAGAAAAUAAUUAGUAACAGAUUUGACACAGGUUAUUUAAAUUUAAUGAAAAAGUCCAUUUAGAAAUGGUUGAGUCUGGGAACAGACCGGUCCGUCAUCUGUGAAUUUCAUUAAGGGUAUUUUGUCCUUCAGUUGUCACUGUGUGUUUAUUGUAUUCAAAUGUGAUGGAGUUGCAAAUUUUUAAGGUGUGCCUUAAAUAAUAACUUUCUUUUUCUGAACCAA